GUGCGGGUGUGCGCCGUGCUCGUCUCAUCGGGAUCCUCCUCGGGAUCGGUGCUCGACGAUCGAUCGCGCGACGAUGACGACGAUAAGAGUGGUGUUGCUGCUUCUCACGGUGACUGUGGCCAGUUCCCUGCCGCUCGCCAAUGUUCACGUGAAAUUCGUGUCGCCUCCCGAUGUGUACGAACACAGCGUUACAACAGACGGGGACCGAACGGUAGCCCAGAACUCGUUCAUUUCGAUCGGCCGGCGAAGGGCGGUGAAGCAUUCUAAGGAUAACGAUUAUAAUUAUAGGACGAAUUUACGGCAAAAUCACUUACGGCAGAUAACGAGUUCGCAAAACGCCGAAUCCCUGUGGCCGGUCGGCGUUUUCCUGCCACCUAUUGACGUCAAUGAUCUUGGAUUUAGCUGGCAGGAGGUGCAUCGCGACCUCCCCGAUUUCUACAAAUCGCAGCAACGGGAUCCAUAUUUAUUGACCAAUCGUGAAGCUAUGAUGGCAGUUAAAUAUCUCUACGGAUUGGGUGAGCUUUUCUUCGACGAUUAUCCUCACGUAAGAGCGUUACUGCGAAAUCAGGAAGAGAGGAGACGGAACGGUCUGCAUGGACACGUUCUGGGCAGUCUGAAUCCUAGGUCUCCCUUUCACAGGAAAGAUAGGAAAGGACAACCAAUCUAAGAGCGAUUUACGUUCGAUAUUACUGGGCUCAAAAAUUCGAACAUAAGCUUAAUUCUGCAGUAUGUAAUAUCUUUUUAUUACAAUUCCAGAAUUGUGUGACUUGUAUACUGCAACAAAAUGUAAUAAGUUAGAAACUAACGUGUGUUUUCGCGGAGGGAACAGGAAUGAUAUUUAUUCAAGAUUAUUUCUAUUUUAAACUACUAAUUAAUAAUAUAUAAAUUGUCCCACCAGUGCUGCGUUAACACUUAACGGAUUUUUGUACAUUUUUCUCAAAUUGACUCCAAAUUAACAAAAUUAAUUAAUAAAAUAAAACU